AUGGUGAAAACAAAGAGAAAAGAACAGAAACGUGUAAAAUACACGGCAAAUGAAUUAAAAGAAGCAGUUUAUAAAAUAAAAUCUGGAGAACCUAUACGUAAAGUCAGCCGUGAUUUUGGAAUUCCGAAAACGACAUUAUUAUAUAAGAAAAACGAGUUGGUACCAUCAAUAAGACGAAGUGGACCGCCCACAGUUUUAACUGAUGAAGAAGAAAACCAGUUGGUUGAGUGGAUAUUUCAUAUGCAUAAAGCUGGAUAUCCAAUUACAAAAGCCCAAAUUAUAAAUAGCGUUACAAUGUUAGUUAAAGAACUAAAACGGGAUAAUCCUUUUAAAAACGGCCGACCUGGACGCAGUUGGCUUGAGAGUUUUCAAAAACGACAUCCGGAAUUGACGCAAAGAAUUGCACAAAAUUUAACGAAUGCAAGAGCAUCCGUUACAGAAAAAGCUCUUCGUGAAUGGUUUGCUGAAAUUAAUAGCUAUUUUAAUAAAAAUGGGCUCUGCAAUAUUGAUCCAUCCAGAAUUUUUAAUUGUGACGAAAGUGCUUUUUUCUUAUGUCCGAAAGGAGAAAAAGUUUUUGUUAAAAAAGGCGAAAAAUGUGUAUAUAAUUUUGUCCAAAAUGAUGAAAAAGAGUGCUUAACCACUUUAUUUAUGGUUAAUGCUGAGGGUAUGUUAGGGCCACCUCUCAUUUUAUUUUCAUACGAAAGAAUACCAUAUAGCAUUUGUGCAAGUAUACCUGAGUCGUGGGGAAUUGGAAAAACUGAUAAUGGAUGGAUGACUGGAGAAAGUUUUUAUGAAUAUAUUGCAAAUGUUUUUCAUCCUUGGUUAGUUGCCAAUAAUAUACAAUUUCCAAUCGUUUUAUAUGUGGAUGGUCAUUCUUCACAUUUAACCAUGUCGUUAAGUAACUUUUGUAGCAAACAUGGAAUACAUUUAAUUGCAUUGUAUCCUAAUGCAACGCAUAUUUUACAACCACUAGAUGUGGCAUUUUUCCAUCCGCUAAAACAUGCAUGGCGUAAAAUCAUUUCCGAAUGGCGACUAAAAAGUGGACACAAAAUAAGAAAAAAUUGUUAA